ACUGAAUACAAUGACACUUCUCCUCUUCUCCUAAGUUUCACUACAGUACACUAUCACUCGUUCCAGACUGGAUGCGUUCCGUUCUCCCGCGAGACUUUAGCAGUUGGGAAUGGCGUCCGCCGCGCUACCGUGCUGGCGUCAUUGCGACGGGAAGGCUCUACGUGAUACGCGGAUGCACGCGGAAAUGCUCUGGGAGCACGAAUACGCAUGUACCACCCUCGGACGCAUUCGUGGGACGGUUAGCUGGACGCGAAAGCCGUUAGGGUUACCUGGCGACUCGCGGAUGUACGCGGACCUGUCGAGAACCGUUUCUAGGUUCAAUCCUGUGCCAAUUGAUCCCAGAAUUUCGGGCAUAUAUAGUGACUAUAAGGGGGGCGUUCGACUAGGGAUAUCCUACCACAGCCGUUACAAGCACGCGACUUCUGGGAAGGCGGAUCGACAUAAGCGAGUGAAUGUGAGGGGCCAUAAGCAGGAGAUUGUCGGAGGGGGAGUGGGUCAGCAGGAGGCAGAAGGCGAGGGUUUCCACGGUCGCACGAUUAUUGAGAAACGGGACGUUGAUGACUCGGACUCGCACCCACACGCCAUUCGGCAUAGUCACACUCAUGACCGUCCUCACACUCACGACCACCCUCACACUCACGACCACCCUCACACUCACGACCACCCUCACACUCACGACCACCCUCACACUCACGACCACCCUCACACUCACGACCACCCUCACACUCACGACCACCCUCACACUCACGACCAUACCCAUGCUCGCAAUCAUCCCCAUACACAUACCCAUGACCACGACCAUACUCAUUCCCCCCACACACAUACCCAUCACCAUGACCAUGGUCAUGGCCAUGGCCAUGCUCACGACCAUACUCAUACCACCCAUGCACAUUCUCGUUCACAAGCCCUUGAGGCCCCCAACCACAAUCACGACCACAACCAUCCCCUCACGCCCUCGUCAUCCCCCCUCGCCUCCUCCUCCCACGCCUCCCCCUCACCAACCCACCCAUCACCACCGCAUUCCCACCCACCACCACCGCAUUCCCACCCAUCGUCACCGCAUCAACCUCUCUUCCUCCCAUCCACGUGGCGCCCGCGGAACGCCCCUCUGACACGUGGGGAAGGAGCGGGGAAGCUUCUGUUCAUAGACGCACACGUGGCAGGGGCGGCAGGGGACAUGCUGGUGGCAGCGUUACUAGACCUGGGUGUGCCUAUAACGGUGGUGGAAGAGGGAAUAAGGGCGGUGGGCCUCUCACACGUGACUUGCCGGGUGGAAGCAACCCAGCGAUCCGCUAUUACUGCUCCCCACUUCCAGGUGGAUGAUGGGGCGAACCAGCCCUUCAGGGACUAUGCAGCCAUCCGCCAUCUGCUGGCCAAUAGCAGCCUGCCACGUGGCGCCAGGGCCAUAGCAAGCAGGGCGUUCCGGCUGCUAGCGGAGGCGGAGGCGUGCGUGCAUGGCAUGGCCGUGGAUGACGUGCACUUCCAUGAGGUGGGCGCAGUGGACAGCAUAGUGGACAUGGUGGCGGCAGCAGCAGCCAUUGACUAUCUGUCACCAUCCCUCAUCGCAGCCUCGCCCCUCCCCAUCGCGCGUGGCAUCAUCACAGGCGCUGCCCAUGGCCCCCUGCCCGCCCCCGCUCCUGCUACUCUGGAGAUCAUUUGCAAGGCAUCUAUCCCCACCUUCCCUGCAGGGUGCAAGGGCGAGCUGGUAACCCCAACAGGCGCGGCUCUCCUUGCUGCCCUCACCCAAACCUGGACCCCCUGGCCUGACUGCCGGCCUUGCCGAGCCUCGUACGGAGCUGGCUCCAAGGUUCGCCAGGACCGACCCAACCUGGUGCGACUGGUCCUAGCAGACCCGGUAUGACACCAUUUCAAUUCGUGGCAUGAGAAAUGGCAUCCAUGUACCACGCUGGCUGGAGGAAGAGUGCCGGGAUGAAUGAGCAUGUUUGCCUGAAGUAGAAGGAAUCUGCCUGCAUACCAGCACUACUGGAACACCAUAUACACGGAACGGACGGAACCACAGAAGCGAACCGUAUUCCAACACUCUAUGAGUCCGAGGAAAGGCAGUGUGCUGGGCAACAGGGGCGUAUUCCCACAAACCCUAACCAGACCAGG